GUAAUACAGAGCACUCCAAAAGCAGUUCCUCCGUAGUUAAGUUGCUGAUAUUUUCAGUUGUUUAAGGUUGCGGUUGAGAUUCAAUUAUACAUAACCCUCUUCACCCGCCUUACAACAAGGAAGUUGACUUUUGAGCAUAAUGUCUUCCUCGUUGAAGGAGUACCUAAAAAAAUAUGAAAGUAACAAUGAAGAGGAAAAGAAGAAACAGAAGAAAAAGAAGAAGGUUAAACCUACUGUCAAAGGUGUCGGUGUCGUUGUCGUUGAUGAAGAUCCUGUUUGGCAAAAGCCUGUAAAAAUUGAAGAUGAAGAGGAUGAGUCAGCUGGCGAAGAGCUGCCUCAGGUAAAUGAAGAUAUCGAAGUUAAGCGCAUGAAGAGAUUGGAACAGCUUAGAGCUAGACGUCCAUUCGGUUCCGUUUCAGAAGAUGGAAGUGGUUGGGUAUCUGUUCCAAGUACUUCUAAUAAUAAUGACCAAGUUUCUGAUUUGUCCCCGCCACGGAAAAGACUUGGUCGAAAUGAUAGUCCCUCACCAGAACCUCAAUUUACCUCAUCAAGUCCCGCAGCUGGUUAUUUAUCACCACCACGUAGACCAAGGGCUCGAAAUGAUACACCCUCUCCUGAACGUGGGCCCCGCAAACGUGGUGCCAGGAAUGAUACACCUUCACCUGAACCCCAGUUGAGGCCUUCAAGUGCAAGAGAUGCUGAUAUGUCACCACCACGUAAAAGGAAGCCUUUGAGCACUGGAUUUGUUGAUAUUUCACCACCACGUAGACGAAGGGCCCGGAAUGAUACACCUGAACUUGAUAUGAAGUCUUUGAGCAGUAGAGAUGUGGAUAUCUCACCACCAAGGCGACGUAGGACUCGAAAUGAUACCCCUUCACCAGAAUCCAAAGGCAGACCUUCUUCUGAUUUGUCACCACCAAGACGGAGGCAAAAGUACGACCAAAGUCUUUCAGAUAUCUCUGAUGUUUCUCCUCCUCGACGAGGUUCCCAUGCUCAAGGUGAUUCGAGAGCCGAUCAAGCUACAGAUCUGUCGCCCCCCAGGAAAAAGAAGGACCAAAAUGCAUCAGACGUAGACCUUUCUCCCCGUAGGAAGGCACGUCCACAUUCGCCCACUACAAAGCAGGGGCCAAAGACUGGUUUGGUUAGUGGCAAAGAUAUCAAAGAAGAAAUUGAUAAGACAAAGAAGGAAGACUGGUUGAGGUUUCAGGAAAUGGAUCCUUCGAUUAGUGGCCGAGGGGCUGAAGCAGUAUAUCGGGAUAAAAUUACUGGAAAACGAAUGUCAAAGGAGGAGUUCUUGAAGAACAAGAAGAAGAAGGAAGAGAAGGAGAAGCCAAAGGAAAUAAAAAUUGAAUGGGGAAAGGGCUUGGCUCAAAAGCGCGAGAUGGAGGUUAGGCUUCAGGAACUAGAAAGUGAGAAGGACAAGCCAUUUGCGCGGAGCAGAGAUGAUCCAGAACUUGACGUAAUGCUGAAAGAAAGAGUUCGAUGGGGUGACCCCAUGGCACAUCUGGUUAAGAAAAAGCAGUUGGAGCCAAUUCUGCGGGACUUUGGGGAUAAUGAGAAAAUGAAGGAGUCAGGUUUUAUAAUCCCUCAGGAGAUCCCUUCUCACAGCUGGAUAAAAAGAGGAUUGGAUGCAGCACCCAAUCGUUAUGGUAUAAGGCCAGGGCGACACUGGGAUGGGGUCGACCGAAGUACAGGAUAUGAGAAGGAGAUGUUCAAGAGGACGAAUGAGAAACAAGCAACCGAAAGGGAAGCAUAUCUGUGGUCUGUGUCCGACAUGUGACUUGUUCCUGUAUUUUUAACUUUUUGUAUUUCAACGAGACAAUUGCCUCCACUUCUCUUCAGUCAUUUACAUAGAAAGAUUCUUUUGUCUUACAUAAUACAACAUGUGUAUUGCCUUUAGUACCUACC